AUGCGGGUCGUGGUGGGCCGGCUGGGCGGGCAGCAACAGCGGUGGGGAAGGUGCGGCAGGGCAAGAAGGGCGGUGGAAACUGCAAGUGGCGGGUCCGGCUCGUGCAACGGCCGGGGCGGAGGCGGAGGGUCGGGGAGAAUCGCGGCGGCGGUGAGCAUUCACAGUGCCAUGCAGGGCGGUGGCAUGCAGAGCGCGGGGUACGUGGUGGCGGACAACCGGGAGAGGGAUCGCAAGAGGGAUGGGUCUGGCAAUGGCAGCGGCAGCGGUGCUGGUCGGCAGGGGUCGGGGCAGCAGCAAGGCCGUGGGCGUGGCGCAGGCGCAGGUGCAGGCGUGGGUGGUGGUGUUGGUGGUGGUGGUGGUGGUGGUGGUGGUGGAGGACGUGCAGGCGGAGCGGGCGGCAUGAGCGGAGGGGCGGGGGGUAGCAGGGAGCGGCGGGACGCAUGGGUGCAGGCGCAGGGAAGGGUUGCUGGCGCGGGGUUGAGGGGGAGCCCGGUGGGGGAGGCGGAAACUGCAACGGAAGUGGGUCUUGGUCUGGAAACUGCAAUGGGAGUGGUGCGGGCAGGAAGGGACGGAGGUUGGGAGGACGUGGGGGACCAAUGGUGGGGGCUUGGGGGUGGUCUAGGGGGAGGGGAGGGUGGAGGCUUAGGGGGAGGGGAGGGCGGAGGCCUAGGGGGAGGGGAGGGCGGAGGCCUAGGGGGAGGGGAGGGCGGAGGCUUAGGGGGAGGGGAGGGAGGGGGCUUACUAGUGGUUGAAGUCUUGGGAGGGGGGAAGGAGGGCGAGGGGGAGGGCGUGGGGGAGGGGAAGGAGGAGGGGGGUGGCUUGGGGGGAUUCGGCGGAGGUCGGGGUGGGGGAGAUGGGGGCCCAGGGGACUUGGGGGGGCCAGGGGGAGGUGAGGGUUUUGGGGGAGGCCGUGGGGGGCUUGGAGGGGGACGGGGGGGUGGGCGAGGGGGAGGGGAAGGGGAAGGGUUUGGGAGGGAGGGAGGGGGGAGGCAUGACAGCCUGGAAGCAGGGGGGGAGCAGCAGAAGCAGCAGGAGGGGAGGAAGCAGGAGCGGAGGCAGGGGCCAGCAGUGGUGGUAGUGGGAGCAGUGGGGGAGGAGGAGAAGGAGGACCAGGUGUUGAAGGGCAUGGGCAGCUGA